AUGUCGCCAUCACUCGACGAUUCGAUGGCAAAUCUCAGCCUAGAUUCCCACAACAUCGAUCCUGCGGUCUUUGCAGCCCGCCUGGAAGCCGAAGAGAAUGGUUUGAUCAAGGAUAUUCAACCGCGUAAAAGAGCUCGCCAGAACGCGGAGGACCUGCUAUCUGAGCUAGAGAACAACUUCCUUGAGCCCUCAGACCAAUUCAGCACCAGGUGGCUGAAUGCAUUGCAAAAACGAUGGGAUGUUUCGACGGACCACACAGACCUCUUCGAACUCGCCCCGACCCAAACUCGAACCGUCACUCGAUUCACACGAGAAGGAUUAGAAGGUCGGGUUACCGGUUACCAUGAAGUCACGGUUCCCGCUGCAAGCGCAAACGCUAAGAAUUCCACCUCACUUCUCCGCCGACCUGCUGGUCGUGCCGACUUUGUCAGAGGAGCUGCAGGAUUCUUCCCUUUUGCGCCUGGAGGCUUAGAGGCUGUUGAGGCAUUGGCAGCCUUGGAAGCCGAGGAACAGUCCACAGAACAGUCGCGCAAUGGCAAGAAAUCGGGACUUGAUCGCGUCAUCAAUUUUGGCACUGAAGGCGGCCUUCUAACAACACCCCCUGGCUUCGAUCGCGGCUUGAAUUUCGACGAGGUCAAGUCUAAGGAUGUCGAGGGUGACCAAGAAGUUGAAGAAGCCCUCCAAGAGGAGAGCGACUUGAAAGUAGAUCAAUCAGAGGGCACACCAGAUACCGAGUCAGCAGCGAAGGUGGACGCUGAAGCUGAUGCCAGUGAUGACGACGGGGAAGAAGACAUUGACGCCUUGCUCCCCGUUGAAUUUCCUGCGUUGGAACCUCGCAAUCAGUUGCUUGCAGGUGUCCAGAAGCACAAGGGCAGAGAAUGGGCCCACGUUGUCGAUGUCAAUAAAGAUAUUCCGAACUUCCAUGAGCUGGUUCCAGACAUGGCCCGUGAAUGGCCCUUCGAGCUCGACACCUUCCAGAAAGAGGCCGUGUACCAUCUCGAGAAUGGCGACUCGGUGUUUGUUGCCGCUCAUACUUCGGCAGGCAAAACAGUCGUUGCCGAGUAUGCUAUCGCUCUGGCUGCUAAGCAUAUGACAAAGGCGAUUUACACAUCUCCUAUCAAAGCGCUGAGCAACCAGAAAUACCGUGAUUUCAGGACUGAAUUUGAUGAUGUUGGUAUUCUGACUGGUGAUGUUCAAAUCAACCCGGAAGCCAGCUGUCUCAUCAUGACCACUGAAAUUCUGCGAAGUAUGCUGUACCGCGGUGCAGAUCUCAUUCGCGACGUUGAGUUCGUUAUUUUUGACGAGGUACAUUACGUGAACGACCUCGAAAGAGGAGUCGUGUGGGAAGAAGUCAUCAUUAUGCUUCCCGAGCAUGUCACUUUGAUUCUUCUCUCAGCCACUGUCCCUAACACUCAAGAGUUCGCAUCCUGGGUGGGUCGCACGAAAAAGAAGGACAUUUAUGUUAUUUCGACUCACAAGCGGCCUGUCCCGCUAGAGCAUUAUCUUUGGGCUGGAAAGAGCAAGCACAAGAUUGUUGAUUCGAACAAACGAUUCCUUGAAAGUGGUUGGAAGGAAGCAAACGAUAUUUUGUCUGGUAAAGAUAAAGCCAUCGCCAAGAAGGAGGCCGAGGCACAGGCACAGUCUGCGCAGGCCAAAUCCUCAAAUGCUCAAGGGAACCAGGGUCGGGGCCGAGGUGGGGGCCGCGGUGGCCCACAGCGUGGAGGAGCUCCUCAGCGAGGCCGCGGCGGGGGUGCCGGUCCCAAUCGGGGACAACACUCCAACCGGGGAACAGGUAACAUUGCCCGCACAGGUCGCGGAGGCGGUAGGACGAGUGCUGCGCAAGACAGAAACACCUGGGUGCACCUUGUGUCGCAUCUUCGCAAAGAAGACUUGCUGCCGGGAUGUGUUUUCGUUUUCUCUAAAAAGCGAUGUGAAGAGAAUGCCGAUUCAUUGUCAAACCAGGACUUCAAUAAUGCUACUGAGAAAAGUUUGACUCACAUGUUCAUCGAGAAGUCACUUACUCGCCUCAAGCCUGAGGACCGCACGCUUCCACAAAUUCUCCGCCUUCGCGAGCUGCUCAGUAGGGGUAUUGCUGUGCACCAUGGUGGUCUACUCCCCAUCAUGAAGGAAGUCGUGGAGAUUCUAUUUGCCAGAUCACUGGUCAAAGUUUUGUUCGCCACGGAAACGUUUGCGAUGGGUCUGAACCUUCCCACCCGAACAGUCGUAUUCUCUGGGUUCCGCAAGCAUGAUGGAAAAGGUUUCCGUGAUCUUCUGCCCGGUGAAUACACGCAAAUGGCUGGACGUGCAGGUCGUAGAGGUCUCGACACAGUGGGAUACGUGAUCGUCAGCAAUGGCGGGAAAGACGAGGCCCCAGCUGCUGGUUCGUUGAAGCAGAUGAUUCUCGGCGACCCAACAAAGCUGAGGUCUCAGUUCCGACUCACCUAUAAUAUGAUAUUGAACCUGCUGCGUGUGGAAGCCUUGAAGAUUGAAGAGAUGAUCAAGCGGAGUUUCAGUGAGAAUGCCACCCAGGCCCUCUUGCCAGAACACGAGAAACAAGUCCAGGUAUCUGAAGCCAGUCUUGCUAAAAUCAAACGUGAGCCAUGUACGACUUGCGACGUGGAUUUGUUAGCUUGUCAUGACGCUGCGAUGGAGUACCGGAAGCUCACAACUGAGUUCCAUACUGAGCUUCUUUCAUCGCCUAUUGGCAAGCGCCUCUUCACAACGAAGAGGCUGGUUGUGUUCCGAAAGGACGGACUCCGUACCGCUGGUAUUCUUGUUCGUGAUGGAAUCGCCGGAGGCAUGGGAGGAAUCGCACCUUGCAUCCACGUACUUGAGAUCGGAACCAUGAGUCUCAAGCGUCACCCCACCGAUAUUCUUCCCUUCUUGCCUCAUAUGCGGCCUUUGUUCCAACCACUUCCUCAUAACACCGCCGAUAUGACUCUCCGCUCAUCCAGAAUUCCAUUGACGGACUUGGAGUGCGUAACGAACACCAUGGUCAAAUUCUCAGGACCCAUCUGGUACCUGAACGUCAAGAAAGAAUCUAUCAAAUGGGCAGAGAUAGAAUUGACUAAAUACACCAAGUCUUGGGUUGACCCUGCCUGGGACGAGGUGGACUGGCAGCGUCUUAAAGAGCUGCAAGUCCGUGAAAUUAUGCAAAAGCGACAGGUCCAGGCGGACAUUGUUCAGUCAUCUCACUGUCUGCAAUGUCCUGACUUUGUGAAACACUUUGAGAUGCAACACGACGAAUGGCAAGUCAAGGAAAACAUCACCCAACUGAAACAAUUGAUGUCCGACCAAAACCUUCAACUCCUUCCGGACUAUGAACAGCGCAUUCAGGUGUUGAGAGAGCUUGGCUUCAUCGACGAUCAAUCCCGCGUUCAAUUGAAGGGCAAGGUGGCAUGCGAGAUCCACUCCGCCGACGAGCUAGUUCUGACUGAAUUGGUUCUUGAGAACGUCCUUGCUGAGUACGAACCGGAGGAGAUUGUUGCACUGCUGUCCGCAUUUGUCUUCCAAGAGAAGACAGACAGCGUUCCCACGCUCACCCCUCGUUUAGAAAAGGGAACCAAGGAGAUUAUCGCCAUCGCCGAAAAGGUGAAUGAUUUCCAGAUCCAGCAUCAGGUUAUCCAGUCUAGUGAAGAUUCCAACGACUUCGCUAGUAAGCCACGCUUUGGUCUCGCCGAGGUUGUCUAUGAGUGGGCCAAGGGCAUGUCUUUCAACCGCAUUACAGAUCUUACAGACGUUAUGGAGGGUACCAUUGUCCGAGUUAUUACCCGACUCGACGAGACUUGUCGUGAAGUUAAGAAUGCGGCCAAAUUGGUCGGUGACCCAACACUUCACCUCAAGAUGCAACAGGCUCAAGACUUGAUCAAGCGCGACGUCAUUUUCGCCGCCUCUCUUUACAUGUGA